AUGGCCAUCAUCGGCGGCACCGUACUUGACUACAGCAACGCCAGCCUCAAGUUCACUGCCUAUGACGGCUCCAUGAACACCCAGAUGGACAAUUUCCAGCAAUUGUUGCCUUCAAUCUGUGGAACACAGCAGAGUUGCAAGAUGUAUUUGGCCAAGACCCUGUUCGUGCUCCAGUUGGGGGAGAAUGACUACAGCAUCCAGCUGGUAAAUGGAUCCACGGUAGACGAGGCCAGUAAGAACAUACCCAGAAUAGUGAACACCAUCAUAUCUGGUGUGGAGAAAUUAAUGGCACUCGGCGCAGUUGACAUUGUGGUGUCAAACAUUGCUCCAAUGGGUUGCUUUCCAUUUUACCUGAGCAUGUUCGAGAGCACCAACAAAAGUGACUAUGACAAGUACGGGUGCCUGAGAAACCACAACGCGCUGUUCAAAAGGCACAACUCUUUCCUCCAGAGCAGCCUCUCAAAGCUUCAAAAGAAGCAUCCACGCACACGGAUCAUGUAUGCCGACCUCGCAAGCCACAUCUACCAAAUAGUGCAAGAUCCCAGAAAAUUUGGCUUUGAGACCGCCCUCAUGAGCUGUUGCGGAAAGGCCGGCGCACCGCAUAGAUUUGAUCCGUUCACCUUGUGCGGGAUGGAUGGCUCGAGCGUUUGCCAUGACCCAGGGAGCCACCUCCUCUGGGAUGGUAUGCACCUGAGCGACACCGCUAACAGAAGGAUCGGCGAGGGCCGGCUCAGCGGCCCGUACUGCCACCCACCAAUUCUGCAGUGAAGGUCCUAGCCAAAUGGGUGCAUAUACACGCACAAACGGACUUCUGGGGACUGCAUGCAUGUGUUGUGUGUACUUCCUUUGUGG